AGAGAGAGAGCGCGCUGCAGCGGCGGCACAGCAGAAGCAUCAGAGGAGGGCGAGCCCAGGCCACCUAUAUCUAUCUCUUUCUAUCCAUCCUCUAUAAAAAUAUGCAGGUAUAAUUAUAUGGCCAAUUAGAUAGAGAUUAGAGAGGGGGGUAGAGAGGCAGUGGGGAAAGAAAUUUUGUAUAGGAGAGAGAGAGAGAGUUGAUGGGAAGGGUUUGAUGUGAUUGCCUCUUCUCUUUGCUUCCUGGAUCCAACCGCCGUCUCUUCUCUUUGCUUCCUGGAUCCAACCGCCGCCGCCGCGGCUGCCUACUCUCGUCGGCGUCUCAAGAGUUGUUGGAUUGGAUGCGUUCUUCUUCCUAGAUCGGAGAAGGCUCGCGGUGUAAAUCUCGAGAGGAGGAAGGGGAUCGAGGCGGCUCGGUUCUUGUUGUUGCCGCGUCCGGUUCUCUCAAGAACCAGCGCCGAGGAUGGAUCUCUGCGGCAAGAGAGAGGACAUGGCGCUGCAAGGCGAGGAUUCCUGCCUCACGCCCCGCGCUUCGCGGGGCGGGCGGGGCGGCUGCGAGAUGGAGUCGCGGUGGGCAGAGGGCCUCCUCGAAGGUGGUGGCCGGAAGCGCCGCGUGCCGGAGGAAUCCGAGGACGAUGUCCAGGAAAUGGAUGAGGUGGAUUGCGGCGGCAAGCGGAGCAAGCCGCCGUCGCCGCAGCCGCACACACCGGACAUCCGUGAGGCUCAUGCCCCCGGCCGCUGCCGCAUCGCGGUGGCCGGCAGUGGGGUUAACCUCAUAGGAGAAAUCGGCCGGGACCUGUCCAUCAACUGCCUCCUCCGGCUGUCCCGGUCAGAAUAUGGCUCGGUUGCAUCGUUGAACCGGGAUUUCCAGUCUCUGGUGCGUGGAGGGGAGAUUUACAGGCUGCGGCAGCAGAAUAACAUCUCUGAGCAUUGGGUGUACUUCUCCUGCAAUGUUCUGGAGUGGGAUGCAUAUGACCCCUACCGGGAGCGUUGGAUGACAGUCCCCAAGAUGCCGCAUGACGAGUGCUUCAUGUGCUCGGACAAGGAGUCUUUGGCUGUGGGUACCGAGCUGCUUGUAUUUGGGAUGGCACACAUUGUCUUCAGAUACAGCAUACUGACAAACUCUUGGACACGAGGCGAGGUGAUGAAUUCGCCGCGGUGUCUGUUUGGGUCAGCAAGCAUCGGAGAGAAGGCAUAUGUUGCUGGUGGCACUGAUUCUCUUGGCAGGAUCCUCAGCUCAGCAGAGCUGUACAACUCUGAAACACACACCUGGACACCCCUUCCUAGCAUGAACAGGGCACGGAAAAAUUGCUCUGGGGUGUUCAUGGAUGGCAAGUUUUAUGUGAUUGGCGGUGUGACCAACAACAACAUGAUCUUGACCUGCGGUGAAGAGUAUGAUGUGCAGCGCAAGUCUUGGAGGGUGAUUGAGAACAUGUCUGGGGGCCUAAAUGGAGUGAGUGGUGCACCCCCGCUUAUUUCAGUGGUGAAGAAUGAGCUGUACGCCGCUGAUUAUAGUGAGAAUGAUGUGAAGAAGUAUGACAAGCAGAAAAAUAAGUGGAUCACUCUUGGUAAAUUGCCUGAGCGAUCUGCGUCCAUGAAUGGCUGGGGCCUUGCAUUCAGGGCAUGUGGUGAGAGACUGAUUAUCAUUGGUGGGCCAAGAACUUCUGUUGGGGGCAUGCUUGAGCUCAACUCAUGGAUUCCCGAUGACAAGCCACCUGUGUGGAAUUUGAUUGCCAGACGGCCAUCAGGGAAUUUUGUGUAUAAUUGCGCUGUGAUGGGCUGCUGAGUUCACUGGAUCAAGGGUCCGCACAGUGUUGUUUACAAAGAGAGAAGCUGAUGCUCAUGACCUGAAUACAAACAAUCAUGCUUCACAACUCUAAAACUGUGAUUGUUGUGAGUGCCGGGUUCUUUUUGGACAAGUACCUCUUUGGAUUGUCCAUAGCAUAACCCCUGGAAAGCAAAAUUUGACUGAUGAAUUCUAAAUGACCCAUGGAUUAUUUGUGGGUGUCAGUUUUGUUGAAAUUUUUAGUGGGCGCAUAUGAUACAUUUUUCCUUUGUGAAGUGAGACACAGAAGUUUGGAGGGCGAACUAGGGAUAUAGAACUAUUACAUUGUUUGGGAAUCAUUCAUAAUUUACCAAGCAUAAUGAUUUGGUCCUUUGUCCAAAAACCAUAAUAGUUUGGUUGCUUUGCAUAGCUAAAAUUUCCAAACUAUAACUGUCCGCUCCUACCAUAAAGCUUACCAGAAUGCUACAUCAGUAGUAUAACUAUAACUGAAUGCGGCAGGAAUUUAUUUUGACAAUUGAUACA